AUGGCAUCUCCUCAGCAAAUCCGAACCACAACGACCGAUCUCCUGAAGAUCAACCACCCCGUCAUGCUGGCUGGCAUGAACGUCGCCGCUGGCCCGAAACUCGCCGCUGCCGUCACAAAUGCUGGUGGCUUGGGUGUCAUCGGCGGAGUUGGCUACACACCAGACAUGCUGCGCGAGCAGAUUGCCGAACUCAAGAGUUAUCUCAAGGACAAGAACGCUCCGUUUGGAGUCGAUCUUCUGCUUCCGCAAGUAGGUGGCAGUGCCAGAAAGACAAAGUACGCGUUGCCCUUCCCAAGCGACCAGGUUGCAGUACUGACGGAAGAUGCNAGCUACGACUACACCAAGGGCAAACUCGACGAACUCGUCGACAUCAUCAUCGACUCCAAGGCCUCGCUCUUCGUCUCCGCCGUCGGUGUUCCCCCAAAGCACAUUGUCGAGAAACUACACAAAGCUGGAGUCCUGUACAUGAACAUGAUCGGCCACCCCAAGCAUGUCAAGAAAUGUCUCGACAUUGGUGUCGACAUGAUCUGCGCCCAGGGUGGAGAAGGAGGUGGACAUACUGGCGAUGUGCCUACAACUAUUCUAAUCCCCACCGUCGUCAAGAUGUGUGAAGGUCACAAGAGUCCCUUAACCGGCAAGCCGGUCCAAGUCAUUGCCGCUGGUGGUCUCUUCAACGGCCAGUCUCUGGCAGCCGCCCUCAUGCUUGGUGCCACCGCCGUGUGGAUUGGUACCCGCUUUGUGCUCAGUGAGGAGGCCGGCGCCAGCAAGGCUCAUCAAGAGGCAGUACGUACCUCUGGCUUCGACGACAAUGUCCGCACCAUCAUCUUCACCGGACGCCCACUUCGUGUACGAAAGAACCCGUACAUUGAGAAGUGGGAGAAUGAGAGACAGGCUGAGAUCAAGAAGUUGACAUCCGAGGGUGUCAUCCCUGUCGAGCACGAUCUCGAAAGCCUAGGUGAUGAUCUUGACGACGACACUAUGGAUAAUGCUCGACCUUUCCUGAUGGGCAAGGCUGCCGCUGUCGUCAACGAACGACAGUCGGCCAAGCAGAUUGUUGAUGAGAUGGUUAGCGACGCUGUGUCAUGUAUUGGCAAGGGCAACAGCAGCAUUGUCAGCAAGAGCAAACUUUGA